UAGUUUUGUGCACAAAUGCCAUAUGCCAAAUCACAUUUAGAUGUAGAAUUUAACAUUUUCUUCGUAAACUUGACUUAUUCUGUGAUUUUGGGGACGGAAUUGAAACUGCUAUCUAUCAGGGGAGAAGCAACUUCAAGUACUUCUGUGGUAACAGAUCCAGGUCUUAUCACUAUUUCGUCAACCAAUCUUCCUGGCCCUAAUCUCUGUACUACAUCUCACAAGAGAGAACUUUUUUUCAACAAUCCAUUGGAGGCCUUGCCCAGGUGUGCACCAUAUCCACCUGCUACUGUUCAUAUUUUAAGUGGUAACAGCCAAGUAGCCAUUGUGUCCAAAAUGGCAUCAACCUACACUAGGUCAAGUAGGAUAAAAACUGGUUCUCCAGCUCUGAGUGCCCCAGCUGCUGCAAGGUUGGGUGCAAAUGAAGCUGAUAAUAAAAGGAGCCUACCCAUGACUAGCACAGUGGCAACUCAGACAUUUGAGACUCUUAUGUCUCCAGUUGCUCCAGAGGAAUCUACUUUGACAGUCCAGACUGGGAAAUCUGCAUUGGUGUCCCCUCUUCCUGGCAGCUUCUACCCUAUGAAAGAGCCACUGGAAAAUCCACUGGGAAGUAAUGUAACGCUUGCACCCAUCCCCUCUACUUUACUUUCAAAGGUGGAAUCGUCACAAGUUAAGAGUGCCGCUGCUGCUGUGUCUGCUGCAGUUGCUGUACGGAGACUCUCUGAUCACAGUACCUAUCGUACACUGUUGGAUGCCCUUCUCAUUACUCCUAUUAUCAAACCACCACCUCUGGAAAGUACAAGACCAUCAAGACAAUCGGCAAGUGCUUUCGAGAUGCAAAGAAACUGGAGACUUGAUUCUCUGGAGGAAACACAGUUUACUGCUUACACUGCUGCCACAGUAAGGAACAUGCCUGAAACUCCAGAGAACGGCACACGUGGACCAGUUCCUGCCAAUGCAACUUCUGUGCCAGCUGUCAAGCCGACAGGACCUCAGUAUGCAGUCAAAACCUCAGGCUGGCAAUCUUCUAAUCAGCCAGCAGCUGGAAGUGGAUGGUCACAAGACAAGAGUGGAAGACCUGGAGCAACUGUGCCAAGUGAAAAAAAUACAGCAGCACCACCUCUGCUAACAGAUGAAGACACUUUGGUUCAGAUGGCAGAGCAUAUUCCUGCAGGGAAGCGAACUCCGAUGUGUGCUCAUUGCAAUCAAGUAAUUAGAGGGCCUUUCCUGGUGGCCUUGGGAAAAUCUUGGCACCCAGAGGAGUUUAAUUGUGCACACUGCAAAACCUCCAUGGCUUACAUUGGCUUUGUGGAAGAAAAGGGAGCUCUUUACUGUGAGGGCUGCUAUGAGAAGUUCCUUGCCCCUGAAUGUGCCCGAUGCCAGAGGAAGAUACUUGGGGAAGUAAUAAAUGCCUUGAAACAAACCUGGCAUGUUUCCUGCUUUGUGUGUGUAGCUUGUCACAAGCCCAUACGCAACAAUGUUUUCCAUUUGGAGGAUGGUGAUCCCUACUGUGAGACAGAUUACUAUGGGCUCUUUGGGACCAUGUGCCAUGGCUGUGAAUUCCCCAUUGAAGCUGGGGACAGGUUCCUGGAAGCCUUGGGCCACACUUGGCACGAUACCUGCUUUGUGUGCUCAGUGUGCUGUGAGAGUUUGGAAGGCCACACUUUCUUCUCCAAGAAGGACAAGCCCCUGUGCAAGAAACAUGCCCACUCUGUGAACAUCUGAAGCUCUGGGGGUUGCUGAAGCAUACAUAUUGACAGGGAAAUAAAGUUCCUGGGUUUUGGUUUUCA